GCGUGUAGAUGUAUGAUCCACCCAAAAUAAUUGGCUGUAAUAUGUUGAAGCGGUCAUGAUGACCUCACUCAUCUGUGGCCAAGGACGCAAUUUUUGUAUAAGUCUCCUCCGUCAAACGUACUGCCGCAAAGAUUCCCACCUUGUGGCUAGGGAAAAGAACACACCAACAAUUGAAUUACUACCAUCAUAUAUAUUUCAGAAUGGCCUACCUAAGAUGCCGUGCUCUUCAGCAGCUACACGUCCAAAGGUCCCUGCGGCAUUUCGGCACCUCUUCCUCUUACUCGAAGACUAUGGCCAAAAAUUCAGAGUCCAACUUCGCAGACACUGCAGAGAACUCAUCCGCCACACCAAAAGUUUGUUCUGACACUCCGAGCACUGAUCAGCAAUCGUCUGCCUCGGCCGAGGAACACAAGAGUGGAGACGACCACCCAGCGAAGCAGCCCGAUUACCAGGCACAGCCGACUAGGAGUACGGGUAUUGGUGGUGAUACGGAGGUGAAAGGUGGGAAAGAAGGACUUGAAGAGAGAUGAUGAGCAAUAGAGCGCGAGGAGAGGAAUGGAGCCACUCCUAGUUUUGUUCUGCCAGUACUCCAUAUUCACGCGCGAAGGAACAAACAAAGUAGAAGCAUCAUCCCGGGAACUGCGGAGUCAAUCCACAAGUGUACCGUGAGGUUGCUACAGGCGAGCCAGCCGAAGCAUAGGCGAUGUAGAGUUACCAUCUAAAAAGAUAAGGGAUAUUGGAAUGUGCUAAAUCGCUCUUGUUUUCUUGGGUGUCCUUGCCGAUAAGUGGAAACCAUCGUACCAUCAUCUAGGCGAGGCAUAUAUAAAGACAGUUGAUAUAGAUGAUUCGA